AUGCUUACUAACAGACUCGAAUGUCGUUCUGCUGUAUUCCCUUAUAGUCAGAAGAAUAGCAAAGUCCUAUCUUGUGGCCGAUCUAGUGGAAUGAAUUCCUCUGCCAAGGCCCUUCAGGAUAAGCAAAACCAAUUGAAUCAAAACAAGUUGGAUUCAGAAAAGACGAGUCUUCCUAUCCGCCACACAGCAUCACACUCUUACGCCGUAGUAUUUCAUCCAUCCACGAACACAUCUAACGCCAGUAUGCCUGUCGUCUCGCAUACCUCGUCCUCAUCGGAGAUGGGACCGCCCUCUUUGACGUUCAGUUCCAAUUGUCAAAACGUUAGACAUAACAUCCUGGAAGAGAAGUUCACAGAAAACAAAUGCACAACUGGCCAAACAAACUUGAAGAUCUAA